AUGGCUACUCAAGAACAAAAGGAGAUAACUGAAGACACUAACCCAAUCAACGAAAACGCAACAAUCACUGCAAUAAAGCUGCCGAUGCCAACAUUAAUAAAAAACAACAUUGACCUUUGGUUUAUUCAGUUGGACUACUGGUUCCAAGUCAACAACAUAAAGGGCGAUACUCAAAAGUUUGGCACAGUUAUCGCAGCAUUGGAUGCAUCGCUGUUAGAACAAAUUUAUAACACAAUACAGAAUCCACCAGCAACUCAGAAGUACGAAGGUAUCAAGCAAGCAAUAAUAAAAAACUUUGCGGAUAGUGAACAAAAACGCAUACAAAAAUUAGUUAGUGGUUUACAGCUUGGGGAUAAAAAGCCAUCCCAUCUUUUAAGCGAAUUGCAACGUAUUAGUGGAAGCAAACAAGACGAACAAUUACUGAAAGGGUUAUGGUUACAACGUCUUCCUGUAGAAGUACAGACAUGUCUAGCCACAAUUCAAGUGGAACUACCUAAGAUGGCGGAAUUGGCAGACAACAUAACCGAAACAAUCCGUAUAAACUCAACAAUGCAAGGAACUUACGUCAAUGCAGCUAACGUCCCUGCAGCAGCUCAUAUUCAACGUGAUGCACAAAUCGAACAACUUCAACGAGAAGUGACCAGACUGACGAAAAUGGUCUCGAAAUUAUCAACCGAACACCGCUCAAGAACAAAUCAACGUUCACGUUCAACAUCCAGAAACCGGCAAUGUCAUGACGAUAGUGAAGAAAAGACCAGUACAAAUUGUUGGUAUCAUAGAACAUAUGGGUCAAAUGCAAAAAAUUGCAAGCAGCCAUGCACAUAUGGCACAAAAAACUAA